CUUUUUGGGGAAAAACCUAAGGCCUGAUUUAGAAGUUAAAUACCAGCAAGAAGUAGGAAGAAAAAUGAUUGAAGAAAAACUAACUACGCAGGAGGAACUAGUCAAAAAGGCGUUGGAGAAGCAAAAGCAAAUAGAUAAGUUCAUCACCGAAAAAAAGCGAUUACCUACCACAAUGCCGCUUGGCAACAUCUCUUUAUUCCUUAGUUUCAUUACAGUAGUCAUAAUCGCUCCGAUUGUAGAAGAAU